CAAAGAUUUCAUUUCGUUGUGGCUGCGUACUUUACUACAAUUUCUAGGGCAUUUGGUGCUGUUUCUCUGACUAUUUAAAGGUUCACUAUGAUGGCGGCUGCACGUUUAGCUUUUAGACGGCCUUCAGGCGACCGGAGACCGACCGGAAACCAUCCAGAUUCAAUGAACCCACCUGCCGAAAACGUGUCGUGGCAGAAUUCCGGCGACUUCCCCUGUGCUUCGGUAUAAAAGACUGAGGGGUAACCUUUUUGUUUCUAGGGUUACCGCUUCUGUAAAUGCUUUACAGUGACUGCAGAUUCUCUAUCCUGGUCGCUGAUUUGGGGCUUCAUUAGAUUUUUUUUGCUGAUACUAGGGCUUUAUUAGUCUAUUUAGCUCGAAAGUGAAGCUUUGUACUGGUAGUAGGGUUUUUGUGAGCUUUACAGUGGAGCUUUGUGGUGAUACGAGAGUUUGUCCAUUAGCAUCACAGAGUGGAAUUUUGGUCACUGAGGUGUGAAUUUUAGGUUUUCAAUUGAAUGUAAGCUUGCGUCGAGUGAUAUUGGGUUUCUGAGGAGCUGAUUGAUAGAUUCUCUGGUUGUCUGAAGCAUCGGAGUGGAGAUCGACUAAAAUAAAAAGCUAUCAAUUUUCAUGGGGGCCUCAGUUGGAGCAACGACAACUGCUGGCUUAAUGGAGGCCAGGCUUCAACUUCCGGCCCUUAAUGGUCUGAGACAGGCUGGUUCAGCUGCAAUGAUUGGGCGUCUCAGUGUCUUUCCUGCAAAUCCUUCAAGUUUUUCGAAUGUAAUUCGAGCUGUUGCCACUCAGCCUGUAAAGCCGGAUACUUCAUCCGAACCCAAGCGCAGCAAAGUCGAAAUAAUCAAAGAGCAUAGCAAUUUCCUGAGAUACCCUCUUAAUGAGGAGUUGGAAGCAGAAGCCCCGAAUGUAAAUGAGGCUGCCACCCAACUGAUCAAAUUCCAUGGAAGCUAUCAACAAACUAACCGUGAUGAACGUGGAAUAAAGAAUUAUUCUUUUAUGCUCAGGACUAAGAACCCAUGUGGUAAGGUCCCCAAUAAGCUCUAUUUGGCAAUGGAUAGCCUUGCUGAUGAGUUUGGAAUUGGCACCCUUCGGCUAACAACUAGACAAACAUUCCAAUUACAUGGAAUUCUAAAGCAUAAUCUCAAGACAGUGAUGAGCACCAUAAUUAGAAAUAUGGGGUCAACCCUUGGAGCUUGUGGUGAUCUCAACAGAAAUGUUCUUGCCCCUGCAGCUCCAUUUAUGAGAAAAGAUUACUUGUUUGCUCAGGAGACAGCCGAACACAUAGCUGCACUUUUGACCCCUCAAUCAGGUGCUUAUUACGAUUUGUGGGUUGAUGGGGAGAUGAUCAUGUCGGCUGAGCCACCUGAAGUGGUAAAGGCUAGAAAUGACAAUACCCAUGGGACGAACUUUCCAGGUUCUCCAGAGCCCAUUUAUGGGACCCAGUUUUUGCCAAGGAAGUUUAAGGUUGCUGUUACUGUACCAACUGAUAAUUCAGUGGAUAUCCUCACUAAUGACAUUGGCGUUGUGGUGGUUUCUGAUGCUGAUGGGGAACCGCAGGGCUUCAAUAUUUAUGUUGGAGGUGGUAUGGGAAGAGCACACAGGAUUGAUACCACAUUCCCACGAUUAGGUGAACCUCUGGGCUAUGUUCCGAAAGAGGAUAUACUCUAUGCUGUGAAAGCAAUUGUGUGCACUCAGCGAGAUAAUGGUAGAAGAGACGACCGAAGAUAUAGUAGAAUGAAGUACCUAAUAAGUGAAUGGGGAAUUGAGAGGUUCAGAAGCGAAGUCGAGAAAUAUUAUGGGAAAAAGUUCCAGCCAUUUCAAGAGUUACCGGAGUGGGAGUUCAAGAGCUAUUUGGGGUGGCACGAGCAGGGCAAUGGGUCACUAUUUUGUGGCCUCCAUGUUGAUAAUGGGCGUAUUCAAGGGACAAUGAAGAAGACAUUGAGGGAGAUAAUUGAGAAGUAUAACUUGAGCGUGCGUCUGACACCUAACCAGAACAUCAUAUUGUGUGACAUCCGGCGUGCCUGGAAGCGACCUCUCACCACAGCUCUUGCACAAGCUGGCUUGCUGCAACCACGAUAUGUGGAUCCUCUGAACCUGACAGCAAUGGCUUGCCCCGCCCUACCCUUGUGUCCCCUGGCCAUAACUGAAGCUGAACGUGGAACGCCGGAUAUUCUCAAAAGAAUAAGAGGUGUAUUCGAGAAGGUUGGCCUCAAGUAUAAUGAAUCAGUUGUAGUAAGGGUUACUGGAUGCCCCAAUGGUUGUGCUAGACCUUAUAUGGCUGAACUUGGACUGGUUGGUGAUGGACCCAACAGCUAUCAGAUCUGGCUUGGUGGCACACCUAAUCAAACCACGUUGGCAAGGACUUUCAUGAACAAGGUGAAGAUUCAGGACCUAGAGAAGGUUUUGGAGCCAUUGUUCUACACAUGGAAGAGGAAGCGCUUGCAAGGCGAAUCGUUUGGCACCUUCACAGAUCGCAUGGGUUUCACCAAACUGCAAGAAGUUGUGGAUAAGUGGGAAGGCCCAGUACCAUCUUCCUCAAGGUUCAACUUGAAAUUGUUUGCAGACAGGGAGACCUAUGAAGCGAUGGAUGAGCUUGCAAAGUUACAGAACAAGAAUGCCCACCAGUUGGCCAUGGAAAUUAUUCGCAACUAUGUGGCCUCUCAGCAAAAUGGCAAAAGUGAGUGAGCUUCUUCCAAAAACUGAUAAUUUACUGUAUUCGCAAGUAGUUAUGAUGAGAUUCUUGUUGCAGAAGGGUUGUUUUUUUGUCCUCUCGUUUUUUUGCAGCAUAAGAAAAGCUGGGUUUCCAGACUGCUAUAGAGUGCUAGAGUUCCACAUAAGAGGACUGCUUUAUAUUUAUAUGAGAAAAUAUCAUGUUUUUUGUCGGGUUCCUGUCCUGUGGUUAUGCCUAGAAAAAGGGUGGAGAAGAGCGAGAGAGUCUUGGUGAUGCAUAAACUUGGGAAAUGAUUACUUGGAGUUGGCAAACUUCUUGUUCUUUUUUGUUAAUUUGUUUCAUAUUUGCCUGUUUAGAGAAACUUAAGAGCAACUCGUAUCUAUGCUAUGGCUUUGAAUUGUAUACUAUAAAACCAUUUACUUUUGGUACAAGGAGGUCUCAAUCAAUUUUAGCUAUCAGAUAUGAAAUCUGACAGAUUUAAGUGUGACAAAA